GUCUUCUUCCGUUUAGGACCGCCUCGCCUUAAAUGCCUAUUUGAUUGGUCAAUGUGUUUCCUCCUGUGUCAUUUAUCCGCGCCACCCGGAAGCCACGGUUCAUACCAAUAGUUCUCACUGCCGGCGGCCCAAAGGAGCUCAUCAUGGCGACACCCCCUAAACGGCGGGCGGUGGAAACCACCGGGGAGAAAGUGCUGCGCUAUGAGGCCUUCAUCAGUGACGUAUUGCAGCGGGAUUUGCAAAAGGUGCUGGACCAUCGAGACAAAAUAUAUGAGCAGCUGGCCAAAUACCUUCAACUGAAAAAUGUCAUUGAGCGACUCCAGGAAACUAAGCACUCGGAGUUAUAUAUGCAGGUGGAUUUGGGCUGUAACUUCUUCGUUGACACAGUGGUCUCUGAUACUUCACGCAUAUAUGUGGCCCUGGGAUACGGUUUCUUCCUGGAGUUGACACUGGCAGAAGCUCUCAAGUUCAUUGAUCGUAAGAGCUCUCUCCUCACAGAGCUCAGCAACAGCCUCACCAAGGACUCCAUGAAUAUCAAGGCCCAUAUCCACAUGUUGCUAGAGGGGCUUAGAGAACUACAAGGCCUGCAGAACUUUCCAGAGACAUCUCACCUUUGAUUUCUUCUUCUAGUCCUCGUGUGACAUUAAAGAACUUGAAUGCCUUUGA